ACAUCCACUGCAGCGCAUGCGCAGUCCCCGCGCUGACUCCUUUCUCCUGCCCAUAGCCAGCAUGGCGGCGGCCUGAGGUAAAGGGAAGCGACCCGCUGAGGCGGAGAAAGCGGCGGUUGAGGGAUGCUCCGCUCCAGCGGUUUCUUCCGCGGCGUCGAGUGCCCCUUCGGGCCGGCCUGCGGGAGGCCUUACUGCCACUUUCGGCACCCGGCGGGCCCGCCUCAAGCCGCCGCCCCGCCAACGGCGACUCUCCCGCGGCGCCGCCGAGGGUGCGGCUAUGAUCCGUACAACCCAGAGCUUCCGAAACCUGUGGCCCAGAGCAGCAAUGGUGCCUUGGAGGAGAUCCCCGAACCGGCGGCCGGCAUUCUGGAGCUGGAGCUGGUUAACAAAGCAAUCGAAGCGGCCAAGGACGAGUACGAGCGCGAUAGGAAGAAGUACGAGGAGCUGUUGGAGACGGCCAAAGAGUACGGCUCCUCCGAGGGCGCCUUGCUCGACUCAGAGGCUGCUUCGGACCCAUUCCCUUCUCUGGACUACAACCCAGGGAGCUACGAUGCCUGUUGUAGCACUGACUACAACCCUACCCCGCUCUCUGGCAAGUACACUUUGGAUUCUUCCGGUCCUUCCAAGUCUAAGGGACGCUCCUUGGAGUACGUGCCCACCGUGGUCAGCCAUCCCAAGAAGUACAGCUCCUCCACCGGGAACAGCAAAUACGUCGUCGACAACUCCAAGCCCUCGACAGAUUUGGAGUACGACCCGCUUUCCAAUUACUCGGCCAGACUCUUAAACAAAGCGAAACAGCAGAAGGGGGUCAAGCGUAAAAGAGGUUCCGACCACAGCGAGGUUUAUUCUCCUUCGUUGAAGAGGGUUUGCGACGCGUCUAGCGACUCCGAACCGUCGGCCCGGUUCUCGGACUCGGAAGAAGAACGGGACGCAGGACACAGCUCUAGUUCAAAAAUAAAUUGCGUUGCGGAAAGUGGGUUCGGAGCCGGAGGAGCCCGGCAAGCGGGGUCACAGGAUAAAGUUCCAAAGAGGUCCGAAGUGUCUUCCAGAGAGGACCCAAAAGUGGGAGCGAAGAGCAAAGGGGGGACGAAGGAGAAACCGAGGAAGAAGAGGGAAGAGGGGAAAACGGACGGCAGCAAAGUUACCCCCAAGGAGAAAGCGAAGCUCCGAAACGGUGAGAGGGUGAAGGAGAAAACCAACAAGGCACACAAGCCUAUGUCUCCUGGAGCCGCGAGGGUUCAGGACGGCGGCAAGAAGACACGUGGGGAGAAAUCGAACGGCGGUAAAAAGGACGGAGAGAAAGCAGAUGUCGGUAAAAAGAACGAGGAGAAAGUGGACGUCGGUAAAAAGGACGGCAAGCUCCGGUCCGCCGAUCCUAAAAGGAAGACGGACCCGAAAGACGGGAAGGGGAAGAGACCCUCUUCUGACAAACCCAAGCUGGGGAACUCGGAGGGCAAGCGGCGGACCCUGAGCCACGCCGAGCUCUUUGGGGACGAGAGCGGGGACGAGGGGUCCCUCCCCGUCGCGAUCCCGGGCGCGAGUUCGGACUCGGACGCUGACGGCGGCUGCUCGCCUUUGCCCCGGGAUAACGGGGUGGUGGGUGCCAAGCGGCCCAAGCUAUCCAAGCGGCCGUCCUCCUCCUCCUCUUCUUCCGAUGAGGUCGAUUACUCCGUCCUCGAGCGGGACCUAGACUUCGAGUCCGACCCGAUGGAGGAGUGCCUUCGGAUUUUUAACGAGUCCACCGACGUCAAGACGGAGGACAAAGGCCGGCUCGGCAAACAGCCGUCGAAAGAGGAAGGGGCCGAGGAAAAGGCGACCGAAGACCGGUUGACCACGCUCUUUCCCGGGCAGAAACGGAGGAUCUCUCAUGUCGCAAACCAAGGGAGUCCGGCGGAAGCCCCGCGCAAGACGGUGGUGCGCCCGUUUCGGCCCCCGACGGCGCAGGAGGUGUGCUACCAGCGGAUCCAGGAGGCCCAGAAGCAGGCUUUGCGACUGGCCCAGCAGCAGCAGCAACAACAACAACAACAACAAAGCAGAGUGGCCCGGCCACUCUCCACGCCUCCCUUGAGAAGCCCUUCCCUUGGGAUGCGCACAGGCGAGAGGAAGCGCAUUGCGCAUGUGCCUCAGCGGGCCACUCCGGCGGCUGCAAAGGCCGCCCAAGGAAGCCUCAAGAAGACCCUCCCGCCUGUGAGCGGCGCACUCUCCCGUGUCCCCAACACCACGGUGUCCCUGAAAGCCCGCACCUUGGCUGGCAUGGCGUCCAAGACAACGUCCACCAACGUCCCGAAACGGGUGGCCCAUGCCCCCACCCUGCAGAGCGCCGCGUUGAAAAGGCCGGUCAUCCCCACCGAGUUUGGCGCCCGAGUCCCCACCAACGUCCGACAGCGGUACCUCAACCUCUUCAUCGACGAGUGCCUGAAGUCGUGUUCCUCCCAGCAGGAAGCCUUCGACAAGGCCCUGUUGGAGGAGAAGGUGGCCUACGAGCGGAGCACCUCCCGCAACAUCUACCUGAACGUGGCGGUGAACACCUUGAAGAAGCUGCGGAGCCUGCUGCCUAGCCCCUCGCAAGACACGCACAAGAACUUCAACCGGAAGUUGGUCUCCCAUGAAGCCAUGCUGGGAGGGAAGCUGGCGGCCAAGACGAGCUUUUCCUUCAACCGGCCGACGUCCGUCCGGGUGGAAGAGCUGACGGGGCCCGUCUUGUACCAACGGCUCAAGGAGUACCUGAUGACGGAGGACGACUUGAAGUUGCACGGCUACCCCUUGCCGUGUCCCGAGAAGCCUGGCCGCGCCGUGGUCUUCUCCGUGGAAGAGAAGAAACCCAGCGAUGGUUUUUGUCGGAUUUGCUGCCGUUGUGGCGCCGAGUACAUGGUGACGCCGUCUGGGAACUGCGUCCGUAAAGAAGAGUGCGUCCAUCACUGGGGCCGGUUGCGGAAACAGAGAGUUCCAGGCGGCUGGGAAACGCAUUACAGCUGCUGCUCCGGCGCAGUGGGGUCACCUGGCUGCCAAGUCGCCAAGCAACACGUCCAAGACGGACGGAAGGACAACCUGGAGGGUUUCGUCAGGACCUUUGAGAAGCUCCCCGGCGCCAACGGUUACCCGGGUGUUUACGCCUUGGACUGCGAAAUGUGUUACACCAAGCAAGGCCUGGAGUUGACGCGGGUCACGGUCAUCGACGCGGACCGGAAGGUGGUCUACGACACUUUUGUCAAGCCGGACCACAAAGUGGUGGACUACAACACCAGGUUUUCCGGUGUGACUGCGGCAGACCUGGAGAACGCCACCAUCUCCCUCCGGGACGUGCAGGCCGUGCUCCUGAACAUGUUCAGCGCGGACACCGUUCUGAUUGGGCACAGCUUGGAAAGCGACCUGUUUGCACUCAAGCUCAUCCACUGCACCGUGGUGGACACCUCCGUGGUCUUCCCUCACCGCCUGGGCUUGCCUUAUAAGCGGGCGCUUCGCACUCUGAUGGCGGACUACCUCAAGCGCAUCAUCCAGGACAGCGUGGAAGGCCACGACUCCAGCGAGGACGCCAGGGCCUGCAUGGAGCUGAUGAUCUGGAAGAUCAAGGAGGACGCCAAAGUCAAGCGGUGACGGGCGGCUCGCCGACACGCUCCUUUCCCCCGUCCGUUGGCACAGUGCAAUAAGGAAGCUUCCGGAAGGAAGGAAGGAAGGAAGGAAGGAAGGAAGGAAGGAAGGAAGGCCGGACAUUUCCUCUUCCGCGACUUCUUUUGGUGAAAAAAUAUGUCCCGACUCCUUCCAAGGUUUUCUGGACCGCCGAACUUCUUCUUCCUCUUCUUCCCUUUUUUAUUUAUGAAAUUUUUUUCAAGCUUGAGCUUCUCGUUUAGGUUCUUAAUUUAAUUGGAAGGGAGCCUCCCAUUAACUGGCUGAGACCAGCCCUGAAGACUGUGUCCUCGCCUUGAGGUUAUAAAUAAAAUUAUUCAGCACAAGUAUCGGUGCUUGACAUUAUUUAGAAAUAGAGAGGCUUUUGGGGCACGGUUGCUCCCCUCCACUCCAAGGACUCUUGGGAGUUGUAGUUUGACAGGGACCCCUGGGAGUUGUAGUUCGGCACAGACUCUUGGGAGUUAUAGUUCCAGAUUCCAGAAUAAUAAUAUUUAACUAUUUAGGAAGCCACGAGACUUAUGGGGACACCAGUUUCCUUUUCGUUUCCCGGUUAGGAUUCCCGUCUCGUUUCGUAACACUAGGCAACGGAAUAAAAACAACGACUCGUGGACUUUGUACAAGCCUAACUGUAUACCACGUUAACGCUAUUUUGUAAAUGUUUUUUUUAAUAUAUAUAUAUAUAUAUAAAUGAAAAAUCCUGUU